CGUGGCAAACCUCAACUAUUUUGAGACUCUCAGUCACGUGUCUGUGACUUCAAGCAUCAAGAGAGCGGCCGAUGGCACCAGAAACAUGACCAAACACAUACUUUUCCAAGCCUUCGACAGACAGUUUGACCUCACCGUGACCCCAGGCACUCAUCUGAUGGCCGAAGGAUUUCGUGCACGUCUAAUUAAUGAAGAUGGAAGCUCCAGUACUUUUCAUUUCGACCACAAUCAGAUAUUCUCUGGACAUCUGUCAGACAGACCAGAUGUAAGAGUUCAUGCACACAAAGAAGAGAGUCUGUGGUCUGUUCAGAUCUUCGACCAUGACAACGUCUAUAUUGUCGAGCCAGCCUGGAGACUACUGACACCGGCAGACAACCCUAACAAUGACACACUGAUAGCAUACAGAGCUUCUGACCUGAAGUCUGACAGCUUUAACAGCAAGAGAUCCAUUGACAAUCCGGUCUGUGUGCUUUACCUGGUUGGAGAUUAUACAUUUUACAAAGGAGUGUGCUUAGGCAGUCACGCUUCUUGUGUAGCUUUCAUG